AUGGAUGCGGCGCUGAAUGCCCUCGAAGACCUGAAAGGUCGAUUUGAAGGCAUGGGCUAUGGUGACUACGAGUUGCACGUGGUCUUCAGCUGGGUCAAGGAUCUGGCCCCGCUCGUGAUCCACGUCCAUUUGGACCAGCAACUGACAAGGCGUGUGCGAUCACUACGCGCACGUGCUCGCGGAGUACAACGACUCGAAGUUGCAGGAGAUGACCCGCGUGGCGGCCGCUUUGCCACACAUCGGGAAGCACCCUCUGGGAACGUGCCCAAGAGCGUGUGGCUGCAAGUCCUGAGGGCUUAUUCUGAGGACUGCUCGCAGGAAUGGUGGAGUUCUAUGAGCAUGUGGAGACACACCAAGUGGGUCUCCUGUCCAAGCUCUACGAGAAACGCUUGGGGGUGA